AUGGGCAUCUCGACGAAGUGGCUCAGGUCAUUAGUUGGGUUGAGGAAGGUGGAGCGGCAGCAAUGGCAUCGUAAGGAGGAUGCAGAUGUUGGAGUUGGACCUGGACGAAUGCAUCAUGGUUCACAGGUUCUUGAAAUUCAAAAUUUCAACCCUACUUCUCUAGAUGAUGUUGCACAUGUUCAUUCAAGAUCUUACAUCACUGGACUCGAAAAGGCUAUGGGUAGAGCUUCAGAUGAAGGUCUGAUAUUUAUUGAAGGGACUGGACCAACAUACGCUACAGAGGCUGUAAUGCUUUAUCUUGGAAGCUACCCAGGUACUGGUAAGAUCAAUGAAGUCGGACAGGGUGAUGGUGAAGGCAUGACACUCAACCUUCCUCUACCCGGUGGCACAGGUGACUACGCCAUGAGGUGUGCAUUUGAUGAGGUCAUUGCUCCAUCGGCUCAUCGAAAUAAGCCGGGUGAGAUCCUCCUAUCCAUCUUUAAAAUCAAGGCUCUUCAGUUCAUGAACAUCCUGAGAAAUAACUCGUUGGUUAUAUGA